GCACCCUGGAAGGAAAUAAAACAUUGUGUGUGUUUAUUUGUUUACCUUUGUUGGUCUAUCACAUUCGAAACUAAAUUUCCUGCGUCCGCUAAGGAAGCCUCGGUUGACAAAAGGAAACGCACAGAGGAAAUACAAAUCAUAAUUUAAAAUUAAACAAACGGCAAACGGAAAUAAUUAAGCAAACGAAAAUUAAAUUAAAUAAAUUGCAACAAAUCUGUGCCGCUUGCGCUUUAGUAACGGUAGCAUAGCGAUUUGGAGUCGUGCAACCAAACAAUCGGUUUAAACAUUGACAUCAUUGAUUUAUGCCUCAAGUGUAAAUAAUUCGCACAAAAUACAAUAAAACCAAAUUGAGGCUUUCCAUUCCACCCUCCAGCCAUUCCACCUCUCUUGGCCGCUAAAUCCGCACCAAUCAAAUGCAAUGAAAUGAAAUGUUGCCAUUGAUUUGUGCACAUUGCCAUUGUUCAAUUGUUGGUUGAAUUUAAACUGGGGAUCCGUACUUAAGUUGAGCUAAAAAUAAAAAGCCAAGUCUUCCAUCAUGGACACCGGAAGUGUGGUUAGUGAACCGAUUUCCGCGCAUCAUCGCGCCUUCGCCAAACAGAAGUCCGCCUCCAUGACCAUUCUGAAUCCGAAGGGUUGUGGCAGUGCCGUCAAGUACAGUCUUCACUCGGCUGCAGAGACCAACCAGGAAUCAGGCAGUACCACCACCACCACUCACAGCUCCACCACGGGAAGGAGGCGCAAGGGUGGCUCGUUGGGUGGCACACUCUCCUCUCGAUCCACGAGGAGCGAGUCGAAGGAGUUGAGAUCGGCGUUACAGGACCGGGAGGCAGUUAUCCAGAACUUGAGGAUUCAACUGUGCUUGGGAAAGCUGCCACGCCCCACUGGACCGCCCCUCGAUGAGUCGGAAAAGCCAGCGGCCGAGCAGAAACUAAACAGACUAAAAACCGAAGCCGAAAACAAGCGCAUCAAGAUCAAGAAUCUCAAAAGCGCUCUGGAGAAACUUGAUAUUACAGACAACAUAGACAUUCGCAUCAGACAAGCCGAACUGGAGUAUGCUCUUGGCCGGGAGGAGCUCCAAAUGCUUUCGAUCGUGGAGGAGGCUCGUGCCUUGCAAGCUCGUCUGGAGAAGUCCAAGCCCGAAGCCCAAACCCUGUACAACAUUAUCAGUUCAGGAGUAUCCCUAAGCCUACAUGCAGUACAUGCCACCUCUGGACGUUGGGCUGCCCAACAGCGAACGGAUCAACCAGGAUUUUAUGUGGAAUGGGCUCUCGAGGGCGAUGGUCUCUACAAAGGAGAUCGCAUCUUGGAAAUAAAUGGUCGCCUGGUCACCGGCAAGUCCAAGGAGGAGCUGCAAAAGCAAGUGGGCAACUCGGGAAAAUGCCAAAUGGUAGUGCUGCGAAAGAAAUCCGUAGCCAUUCCCCAGAAGCAGCUCGAUCAGGAGAAGGAGAACAAUAUGCGGCUGCAGCAUCGCAUUUCCUAUCUGGAAGAGCAGGUGCGAGAGCUGCAGACUGUCAAGGAGCAGCCUCAACAACAGUCUCCAAAUCAGCCACUUAACCAACAGCAGCAGCAGGCAUCCUCGAAUCAAUCCCAGCACGUCACCAGCAUCAGCAUAUCCUCACCGCCCUCUACGCCGCCCGAGAAACCCCUGAUCUUCCAGCGGGGCAACUACAUAACCACUCUAGUGGGCGGCAAACCCAUCGAACUGAUGGGUGACGAGCCCACCAAGACUCCCGUGGGACAUGUGACCAAGACCCUUAUCAAGGAGAACACCCACAUUGAUCUCAGGGAGCGUCUGCCGCAUAUGUACUCCAUGCCCUCCAAGUCGUUGUCCGCCUCGAAGAUUUCCAUCAAUAGCGAUUCAGCGUAUGUGCAGCAUCAUCGCAGGGAGAAGGAGCGACACAGGGAGCGACAACACCGCGAUCGGCCAAGAGAUCCUCUCCAGCAGCAGCAGCAGCUGCACCGGGAGCACUUAAUGAGCGCUCAUGCACGCAGCGUAGAGCAUUUGAACCAGUACAAUGGAAUCGAUCGCCGUCGGGACACCCCGGGACGUCAAAGCGACGCCCACACCCUACGCCCCCGUCUUCCCAGCGAUAUGAGGAGUGUCAAGUCCCUGGACUUUGAUAGCGAGAACGAAUCGAAGCCACCGACUGAGAGCCGCACCACUCGACCCACUCCCCCCAAGAAACCAUUGCGCCUGUCGCUGCAGAGAGCCCAAAGUCUACAAACCGUGGAGCUUCAUCCCAACGCCGAUCUCGAAAGGAAACGACCCAUGAAGAGGGUCCAUCACCACAACAACAACAGCAAGGGAGGAUCAUCGCCCACGGAUGAGGGUCAGACCAUGCUCAUCGAGAACUGCAGUCCCAUGCACACAGCCUCCCUGGGCAGGCACAAGCUGAUCUGAAUGCAAAGACCACAAAAAUCAGAACUUAUAAAUAUAACUAGCUUAACCUUCGACUACCACCAGUUGGUGGUUGAACCAAAAAACAGGCGGAUAUGUGCAAAAUUAUAAUUAGCAAUAUACUAUACCCUUACGAAACUAUCAUUAAGUGGGUAGUUUAGUUUAAUGGCUUAGUUUUAGUACUUACUUUCUACACUCUCAGAAAAACAUAUAUAUUAAUAAGUAGGGCUUGGCUAUUAUCUUGUAGCAGUAUUGGAAAAAAACGUAUAUAAUUGAGCGAUUAUUAUUGUAUGUGUCGUAGAAUGGUUAGUUUGUCCAUAGUACAUGUGCGUACAGCUUUGGUGUGGCGACACAUUGUCUAGUAGUUGUAGAAUGCACAGCAGCUGAAAGGGAAAAAGGGACACACUCUGCUGCUGAGCAUGGUCUGAUCGGAGAGCGCGGACUGAAUGCAAGAAACAGAGAUGGCAAUAGACUUUGGAGAAAUGAUGAAAUUAGAAACAACUCUGUGUUACGCAGGUCAGUUUGGAUGCGUCUCUUGCAACGAGCAGAACUUGCUGUGCAAACUUACUGAAAAUAUGGAAUCGUUGGAGGGAUCUCUGUCAUCAGAAGUGGGAUCUGCUUUGCCUACUGAUCGUGCCACCGAUCCGUAUUUGUUGGCGUUGGAGCUGCAAAACCGCAACCUACUGGAAAUCAUCAAAAACAUGCAGACACCAAGGGCACCGCCAACCGAUGGAAAAGCGUCAUAUGUAGCUCUUCCAAAAUUCAAUCCUGACAGUGCUGGAGCAGAUGCUUCCUCUUGGUGUUCAACAGUGGACCUAAUUUUUGCGGAUAACGUGCUCGAGGGUAGCAAUCUGGUGAUCGCCCUAAGCAAGGCACUAGAAGGCGGCGCAUCACAGUGGCUUUCCCAAAUUUGCUUUGCCGGCAUCACUUGGGCGCAGUUCAAGGAGCUGUUUAUACAACGCUUUGUUGGAAUUGAGACUUCUGCCGCCAUGCUGUUAAAUGUUCUGAAUGGUCGACCAAAGCCGGAGGAGGGCUUCGCUGAAUACGGUAGCCGUAUUGUUACGCUACUUAUGUCAAAAUGGAAAGCCAAGGAUUUGGAAGAAAUAGCGGUAUCUGUGACUCUGGCUCACAUGGCGCAAAUAGAUAACAAGUUGACGCACUUGGUUUUUACAAACAACGUAAAAACUCGCAAUGAGCUACAACAACAGUUACACGCACACUCUUUCAAAAAGCGCAGUAUAGAUGACGAUUCAACAGGCUCGGAGCGCAAGAAGUUCAAGUCUCCGACACCGACGGAAUGCAAUUACUGUGGAAAGGGUGGUCAUAAAUACGCCGAAUGCCGUGCUCGCUUGGAAAAGGGUCAGAGCAAAGGCAAAAUCAACAGCGGCAGCAACAUGACUGGACCGAAGGAUUGGUCAAGUGUCAAAUGCUUUAAAUGUGACGAAAUAGGACAUUUUGCAUCCGCUUGUCCAAAAGGCCGUACGUAUGAGAAGCGGGUAGAUAUCUGCACAGUAGCUCCACCGACUGGAAUAAUGAGGGCAUCCGGUGAGUCUAUUCCAUUUUGUUUUGAUUCAGGUGCUGAAUGCUCCUUAGUGGAGGAAAGCGUCAUGGAUAAAUUUAAGGGGAAACAAAAGAAUAAAUAACAUUGUAAAACUUAACGCCGAGGGUACAUACAUAGGUGGUAGGCAUUUUUGCAAAUCGUUUGAGAUUGUCAAAAUAUUAAAUGGAGAUAGAUGUCUGUCCUUAGCAAGUAAGCGAAUUUACAAAUAUUCCCAUGAAUUCUUAAGAGCUUUGCCGAACAAUCAGCUAAUACGCAAAGAUAGAGACGGCAUGAUGGAAAAAGCGUCUGACAAUAAAGAAAGAGAUUCAAAAAGAAAAAAAAAAAAGGGGUGGCAUAAAUUAAUGUAUAGAGAUAUACCGAACAGAAUUUAAUGUUAAAAAGUGUUAAAGGAACUACACUAAAGUUAUUUCAUUGUGUUAAAGGAAUUACACAAAUGUUUAAAAGUGUUAAAGGAACUACACUAAAGUUAUUUCAAUGUGUUAAAGGAAUUACACAAAUGUUUAAAAGUGUUAAAGGAACUACACUAAUGUUAUAUCGUAAGACGUGUAAAAGGAAUUACAAAAUUGUUAAAAUGUGCCAAAGGAAAUGCACAAAGGUUUUAUUUUACAAAAGAGAAUAAUGUUAUUAAAGAAUAACAAAAUGAAUUAAUAAGAUUAUGUUUAAUUGAAGAAAUGUAAUGAAUACAGAAGAUUUGAUAUUUAUGUAAGUGAUUUUUAUUUUUGAAAGCUUUUGUCCAAUACAUGAAGUAAAAAGAAAGAAAAAAAAUAUCUGUUUAAGAAUAAAGAAAAGUUUAAAGAGAAAUUGAGUCUCGUGGUAUUGAAAACAAAACACACGAGGACGUGUGAGUUGUCAGGAAGGCCGUGUCGUAGAAUGGUUAGUUUGUCCAUAGUACAUGUGCGUACAGCUUUGGUGUGGCGACACAUUGUCUAGUAGUUGUAGAAUGCACAGCAGCUGAAAGGGAAAAAGGGACACACUCUGCUGCUGAGCAUGGUCUGAUCGGAGAGCGCGGACUGAAUGCAAGAAACAGAGAUGGCAAUAGACUUUGGAGAAAUGAUGAAAUUAGAAACAACUCUGUGUUACGCAGGUCAGUUUGGAUGCGUCUCUUGCAACGAGCAGAACUUGCUGUGCAAACUUACUGAAAAUAUGGAAUCGUUGGAGGGAUCUCUGUCAUAUGUAUAUGACGAUUAUAUUAGCACAAUUUUUCAAUGUGAAUACACGAAUAAUUUCACUUUA